CAGACCAAAACCCAUCCCAAAAGUCUAACAAAAUGUUGGAUGAAUGAAAGUACGAGUAUAUUUGGGCAGAGCUGGGCCCGCGAUGUUGACAAGAGAAAUUAGCAGCUCUCCGCACGAGCCCAAGACCAAGACCAGACCACCAGCAGCAGACCAUCAGAUGAGCAGACGAGCAGACCAGAAGUCUGUAUAUAAACCUAGUUGUCAUGGCACUUGGAAUUAAGUACCAGCCCAGCAUCUAUCACAGCAAGAAGAUGAAUUUCCUCAGCCUCAGUCUCGCCCUCAUCGUGGUCGUCAGUGCCGUGAGCAGCAGUUGGAGCCUCCCCGUGGAGUUGGAGCCCAGCGCCAUCAGCCUGCUGGAUCUGGAGGCAGAACAGCAGCCGCUGGGGGAUGAGCCAGCGGGCGAACGUGUGGCCCGUGGACUGGGCGGCUUUGGAGGAGGUGGAGGAUUCGGCAGCAAGUUUGGCGGCCUGGGUGGACUCAAAGGAGGAUUUGGCGGAGGACUGGGGCACGGCUUUGGUGGCGGAUUCGGUGGGCACGGUUUUGGAGGUGGCUUCGGCAGCUUCAAGGGAUUGUUCGACAAGAAGUUCCGAUAAUGCCGACUAUCGAGAUGUCCUGCACUGAGAGAUAUUUGGCAUAGUAGCAUUAAGCACUCGCAUGUUUAAAUUAAAUAUGCGGUUUUUAAAUACAA